AGUUCACUCAAGCAGGCGGUAGCAUCAUAUCGUAGUAGUAGCUAGAGGCUAGAGCUAGCCAGGCAGGCAGGUCUCCUCGUCCUCAGUAGUUUUCUGACUCUUGAAGAUGUCGCAGAGGCCGGGGAGGCACCAGAGGAGGGCGUCGCAGAGCGUGUUCUCCCUGCCGGAGAACUUCGCCAGCCUGGAGGACGUGCCGGCGGACGGCGUCGGCGAGCAGCGGAAGCCCGCCGCGGCGGGGGCGGACGCCUCCGAGCAGCAGCAGCCCGCCAGGCCGGCGGCGGGGCGCCACCGGCGGGCAAUGUCGAUGGCCGUGCCCUCCAGGGACCUGGACAUGAUCGCGGAGGACAUGGGAAGCUACAGCAAGUACGGCGCCUGAUUGGUAGAAAGACGUACGUCUAGUUCAUUCACGCUGGUGUGUUUAUGUACGUACGUGUUCUUCCGUGGCCGGUGGGUACGUUAGGUGUAAACCAGUUGGUUGUUUUGUUCUGUGCUGUGUUUUUCCUGCUUCUCUGAAUGUGUACUCCUCCUUUGCCUGCCUGACCAGAGUAAAAAAAUCCCGCUGUUGCAAA